CCCCAACUCCCACGCGCAAUGACCCGCGAGUCAUCUAAAGAGAAUGUCGCGCCCCCCGACGCACAAGGAUAUGAGACACAGAGGCGCGCCAUCGAGGCUCUCAAGGCGGAGAUCAGCACCCUGCGUUACGACAAUGAGAAUGCAAAGAGCAACGCCGAGAUCCAACGCAUUCAGCAAGAGAACGAGCUACGGAGGGCAAAGGAGCUGGCCGACGAGGAGUUCAAGAAGAAACAGGCUGCCGAGAGCGAGCACAGUGCCGCAGUGAGGCAGCUCGGGCGGCUGCAGCAGGAGCUCGAUGAGCUGCGCAGGCAGCAGGAUGGCGAGAAGGCCGAGAUCGAGAGGCGUGCGAGGGCGGCUGAGGAGCAGGCCCGGCUGUUCCAGGAGCAGCUCGAGGACCUGGCAGCCGCCAAGGAUGAGGCCGCCCGGCUCGAGGAGAGAAAGUUUGCUGAUCUAAAUGCCCAGCUUCAAAAAGAUGCGAAUAAAAUUCGGGAGCUGGAAGACAGCGUCUUUACAAGAGACAAUGAUCUAGAGGAGGCACGGAAACACCUGAAUGACAAAGAUGGGAAAAUCAGCGAGAUGGAGGCUGAGGUGCUGAGGCUGAAGGCGCAGACUGGUGACGCAGAGACCAUGGCCAUAAUACGGCGGGAGCUGUCAGAGCAGGUUGCGCAUAUUCGAACUCUCGAGGCCACGAAUCGGGAGCAGCUGACAGAGUUGAGACACCUGCGCCAGUCGCACAAGGCGGUGGCCAUCGUCGAGGAGGAAAAAGCGUCGCUUCAGCGUAAGCUGGAAGACGCCGAGACCACCAAGGCUGAGCUAGCCUCGGAGCGAUGGCAGCGAGAGCGUCUCGAGGCCGAGCGUCAUGCUUGGUCUGCGUAUCUCGAGCGUGAGGGCCAGGCAGAAUUCGACUCGCCCGAGGGCGUGGCUCGCGCCCUCGUACAAGAACGCAUCAACUCGGCCUCGCUUUUAGAGAAAGUCGGUUCAGUCCAGGUCCAGCUUGCUGAGCGCGACGCCACGAUGGAGAGCUUUGAGACAGAGAAGGCUGGUCUUUUGUCGCAAAUCGAGAAGCUCAAAGCAAAUGGAGGGGGUGGAUCUGCCGACAAGGCCCGACAGAGGCUAGAGCGACAGCGCGCUCUAGCGGAGAAGGAGUCGAGGCUGCUGCGCGAGCAGCUCAAGAUGUACGAAUCCGAGGAUGCCACAUUCCAGCCUGAUAAGUUUGACGAAGAGAAGGGUCAGCGUAUACAGAAACUUGAAGAGCUGGUCGACGAAUACAAGGCCGAGGUCAAGACCCUGGAGAGUCAGAUGGCCUACCUUGAGUCAUCGUUCAACGGUCCGGCGGCUGUCGCAGGUACCAAGCGUCCUGCACCGACGGACGAAGAGUCGCCUCAACAUGCGCAGAUUGGUCAGUUAGCUCGCAAGAACCGUAUCCUACAGGAUGACCUGGACUCUCUCAGGACCAAGUUCAAGGUAAUCGAGAAGGAGCUGUCGGUGGCUCGGGACCAACUGGCGGCUGCCAGGCGUUCUUCCAGCGUGCGCGUCCUCGAACUGCGCGACAACCCAACUGCGAGACACGAAGCGGUCAAGCAGGCUACCAUCGAUGAGCUCCGGACCGAGAACGAGCAGCUGCGAACGCUGGUACAUGACGGGGAAAGUGGCAUCACCUCUUUCCAGGUAGUGCCUGUAUCCACGCUCGUCGCGCUCCAACGCGAUGUGGAAAACGCUAAAAAGGAGACUGCGUCCGCCAAAAAGCAGUGUCAACGUCUGAAGGAAGUAUGGAAGGACAAGUCUGACGAGUUCAAGGAGGCCGUCUUUGCCCUCCUGGGCUGGCACGUCACCUUCAUCCCCACCAACAAGAUGCGGGUGGAAUCGGUCUAUUACGCCUCCGAGACUGACGAGCAUGAGCGUUCCAUUACAUUUGAUGGCGAUCGAGGAUCCAUGAAAUUUGGCGGCGGCCCCAGGAGCGAGUUUGCCAUGAAGCUGUCGGAUCUGACUAAGUAUUGGGUCCGCGAGAAGAACUGCAUUCCUGGCUUCUUGGCCGCGCUCACUCUCGAGUUUUAUGAGCAAGCUGUGCAAGAGGGACGAGCAUUGCAAUAACUUGGACGCUGAACAAGUCGGGAUCCACGAUCCUCUGCAUUGAGAUGGGCACCCCGUUGUCACCUCUACAUACGAGAUAGCUGCAUCGCACGUGGGCCCCUCUCUUGCUUGCCCUGUGUACACGACAAUGCAACAAGAGCAAGCAAGUCAUCUG